CCCUGUCCCACGCUAUUUGAAUCAUUCGUGGAUACGCAUUCCGGUCUUGCUUUAUGGAUCGUUAUUUAUGGUUAUUUACUUUGUUUUUGUAGCCUCUUCAUUCCCGUAUCUUUAUGCAUGUUCAUUGUUGCCGCUAUCGCGAAGUCAGUGCCUUACUUCGCUUCAACAGAAGUUUACCUUAUUUAUACACCUUUUAACACUCCAAAUGCAGACAUUGGCACACAAACCUGGCAGACUCUUGCCAACGUAGGCAUACUUUUGGGCGUCGUAGUCAUUAUGACCUUCCUUCUGGUGCUGCUGUUCAAGUUCAAGUGUUACAAAUGUCUCACUGGCUGGCUUGUCGCAACUACGUUUAUUCUUGUCUUUGUCAUGUCUUUCAUUGAAAUUCUUCGAGCCUCCAUGAUAUUUUUUGACAACAUCACAUUUGCCAUUCUUCUGUGGAACUUCGGGGUGAUGGGUCUUGUUUCUAUUCACUGGCGCAGUCCUCUUAUUGUGAAGCAAGCCUACCUCAUUUUUAACAGCGUUCUAAUGGCCCUAAUCUUCCUUAAGUAUCUGCCUAAGUGGACGUGUUGGGUCCUUCUUGGUGCUAUGGCUAUUUGGGAUUUAAUAGCAGUCCUCUGUCCACGUGGUCCAUUGCGAAUGCUCGUCGAAAUGGCUCAGAAACGCAAUCGCCCCUUGCACCCUGCUAUGAUUUACUCGACAACUAGUGCUUAUGCCCUUUGCGCAAGAAAUACGGGUAAUGCAACUGCCUUUUUUCUUGUAAACUUUAAGGAGGAUUUGGCCGACCGUGAAGAGCGCGGUGUGAAACUGGGGCUGGGGGAUUUUAUCUUUUACAGCCUCUUGAUCGGCAGAGCGUCAUUGGAUGGUGAUAUUCUGACAGCGGUGGCUUGCUACGUAGCUAUUUUGGUGGGAAUGUGCCUCACCAUCAUUGCUCUUGGUUUUGCUCAGAAGGCCUUACCCGCCCUGCCCAUUUCCAUUGCUUGCGGCAUUGUCUUCUACUUCUCCACUGCCACCGUGAUCACCCCCUUCGUUGGCUUCACUUCGGAAAAGCGACUUUUCUUUUAG